AUGUCCUUCUACACCAACACCCGUCAGGAAGACAAUGAGCAGUACGACGUGUCCUUCGAAAUCGGCGGUCGACAGAUAGAUGGUUUCCCCACACCAUGCUCUAAUCUGAGAGCUGGUGGGCUUGUCUACCUCCGAGGCCACCCUUGCGAGAUCACGGACAUCCACACUUCCCCAGCCAGCCGGUCCGUGGUCCAGAUUGUCGGGUUCGAUAUCCACACCGGACAAUUCAUGGACGACCAAUACCCUCUCCGCGAAACUGUCUUUGUCCCUCGCAUCAACAAUCACACUCCGUCCUCGAGUGGCCGCAGCCAAGUGAGCAGAGCGAGUUCCAGAGGCUCUGGUAGCCAGAUGGUCCCUAGGUCUCGCCAGUCCAGCAAUGCUGGACAAUACCUCAAGUGA